AUGUUUGGAGCAUCAGCCCCACAGGGAGGACAGCCAGCUUCCACCUUUGGUAACCCGGCAUCAUCUUCUAAUCAUUUAUUCUCAUUUGGGUCUGCAAGUGGAUCGCUGCCAGCUCCAGCAUUUGGGUCUGGAAGUGGGUCACAGCCACCUCCAGCAUUUGGGUCUGGAAGUGGGUCACAGCAACCUCCAGCAUUUGGGUCUGGAAGUGGGUCACAGCCACCUCCAGCAUUUGGGUCUGGAAGUGGGUCACAACCACCUCCAGCAUUUGGGUCUAGUUCAAGUGGGGCUUUUGGUGGAAUGGCUGCAUCUAGCUCUAAUCUGUUCGGAGCUAAGGCAGCAGUGCCGGCUUUCAAUACAGCCACAGCGAACCCUCCUACGUUGUUUGGCGCUCCGGUACAAAGUCCAGCCUCAGCAUCGUCAUCAGCUUUUGGAUCAUCCUUUGGCAUGUCUAAUGCUUUUGGAGCACAACCACAAUCAGGUGCAGAUAAACCUACAUUUGGAGCUGCCUCAUCAGGGUUUGGCACUUCGGCUGUGUCAUCCUUUGGGGCCACACCUCAAAGCUCAGUAUUUGGAGCAUCAUCACAAAAUUCAGCUCAAAAUUUAUUUGGAGGGGCUCAACAAAAUCCUCCGCCAGCUUUUGGCUCUCAGCCAGGCUCUGUAACGGUACUUGUGUUCCCAGGGUUUAACUUCAAUCAGCCCAACAGCCAGACUGCAGCCAGUAAUCCAGGAUUCAACUUUGGGGCUCAGACACCUACCAGACCCACACUUCAAUCUCCUGCACCAGUUGGAUUCAACUUUGCUGCCACUGCUACAGGACCGGCACCACCUGCUUUCAAUUUCAGUGCAACUCCAAACACCCCAAACCCAUUCACUCCUCAAACACCCGGAGCUGUGCCCAGACCAAGAGCCGCUGCCAGACGAGCCACCCGGCGUGGAGGUGCCAGGAGAUGA